CCAACACUGCCGUAUCCAAAUCCACAAUUAUCCCAAUUUUUGGCGAACACACGGGGCACGGAUUGUCCGGUGGAUUCGUUACGACUCCACGAGCUUCUCCUUCACAAAAGAAAAAGGGCCAAAACCCUCUCCAACAAACAGCGUUUUUUUGGGGCUUUCACGCUCUCGAGCUCUCGACCCCUUCAUCGUACACAAUGGACUGCACUUGCAGCAAUUUCAGAACCUCCACUGCUCCUUUUUCAUGGAUACCCACUUCCACUUCGAAGCUCAAAUUUCGGAAUUUGAAGCGUUUGAACUCGAUUAAACAUUCCAUGGUGGCGAUGAGCGUUUCUGGGUCUGGUGAAAAUGGCUCCCUCGCUAGGUUUCCCCUUACACCCAAUAAGCUUUUCAUGCAGGAGGCAAUUGGAGCUGAAUAUGGGGAAGGAUUUGAAUCUUUUAGACCAGAUGGUCCGAUGAAAGUGGACGUGGAUUUUUUGAACGACAGAUUGCAAGAAGGAUUUCUUAAAAGAAUUCGUUAUUCUAUGAAACCAGAUGAAGCAUAUGGCUUAGUUUUCUCUUGGGAUAAUGUUGUGGCAGAUACUCAAACUUUGAAGUUAAACGCAUGGAAGCAACUUGCCUCAGAAGAAGGAAAAAGAGUUCCCGAAGAUGGUGAUGUGCAGAAACUAAUGCUUUAUGCGGGUGCGGAUCAAGUGUUGCAGAAGCUUCUACUUUGGGGCAUGGCAGAAAGUGAGCUGGAUAGACUGAAACUGAGGUUUUCAGAGUUGUAUUACAGAGGUCUUCUUUCGCUUAAAACGCCUGUUGAUGGCCUCAAAGAGUGGCUGGAUGCUGUGUCUACAGCUCGCAUCCCCUGUGCCAUUGUCUCGAGUCUUGAUCGGAUACACAUGCUCGAAGCACUAGACCGAAUGAGUUUGAAGAAAUAUUUUCAGGCAAUCGUAACAGAAGAAGACGAUAUGGAGUCUAUGGCUCAUAGAUUCCUGUCUGCUGCUGUCAAGCUGGAUCGAAAGCCUUCGAAGUGUGUGGUGUUUGAGGAUGAUCCUCGGGGCAUAACCGCUGCUCACAAUUGUACAAUGAUGGCUAUAGCAUUAAUCGGUGCCCACCCCGCAUAUGAUCUAGUGCAGGCUGAUCUUGCAGUUGGUAGCUUCAACGAGCUCUCGGUGAUCAAUCUGCGGAGAUUAUUUGCUAACAAGGGUUCGACGUUUAUGGAACUGCAAAAACAGAGUGCCGAGAAAGCUCCGUCGAAGAGAAAGCUUAGGAUCGAUACGAUAUUCUGAUUCGUUUUCGUGCAUUCCUCAGUUCUUUUCCAUGUUUAUAAGUUCAUCAUGGUGUGUCAAUUCUUUUGUGACCUCUCUCUUACCUGAAAACUUCCGAAUGGAGUUAGAAUAGUUCAUAGAUGAAUAUGGCUUAAAAUCUAUGGAUUGCAAUUGUUUUAGGAUUUUCAUCUUUA